AUGGUUCUUGUCAAAAUUUGUGUUUAUGUUUGUACACAAGUACCAUAUUCAAUUACGAAUGGAUUUAUAUCAUUAAGUACAGAUCGUGAUCCUAUUUUUGUUGCGCAAUUCAAUUUAAUUAAUGCUAUUACACUUACUAUUAAUAUUUUAUCAAAUGGAAAUUCAUUCUAUACUUAUUUUUGUGUAUCGAAACGAUUUCGUCGACAAGCUAACCAUGUGCUGUAUGAUUUUUAUAUGAAUCAUUGUCGACAAAAUCAAAUUCAUCCAAAUCAAUCAGAAGGUCUAGCUAUGAAUGAUAUUGCAUGUUCAAUGUUUGUUAUUUCGUGA